AAGCACGGUGGCAUAGGGAAACAAUCAGUGAGAGUUGGGUUAUUUUGUUUUUGCUGCAACAUAAGGAUAUCAUUUCCUACACACUGGAGAAUAUAAGGCUCCUUUUUUAUAUGUUCAUCCUUUUGUAUUCUUGGAUUAAUCUAAAAUAAAAUUGGCAUUCUGGGCAAAGUGCUCCCUUGUUUCCCUUUCUGAGGCAUUUCCUGCUAACACAAAAGAUCUUUGUCUUCACAUAAACAGCUAUGCACCUUUGCCAACCAGUUUGUGAUCGGCAUUACAAUUCUAUUCAUCCUUGACAUCUUAGACACAUCUGGAGGCUCCAUGCCCGGACUGACUCAAUAGUAGUUACACCUAGAGCAAUGGGUGAUACGUUUAUUCUGACUUUUUCUGCUCAGGCAGAUGCUGGAAAUCUCAGAACGGCUGUUUACUUGCUUAAAAGUAGAAAAGAACAAAGCUACAUCAUAUUGGCACAUGUCUCAUAGAUAUAUACUGUAUGCCAGGUUUUAGGACAACGAGGACUAUGAAAGCAGCAGGGCAAUCUUUUCUAUAGAAUUACAUUGAAUAUGUACAGAAUUGUGACCUGCCACUUAUUAAGGGUACAGACUUCUGGAGUGAUAUACCGUAAUCAUGUGGCUCCCUCUGCUGCUGGUGAUGGCUCUGAUCCUCCUGUACAGAUGGUACAGGCAAAGUCGGUUGCUGGAGAAUCUUACAGAUAAAUAUGUCUUCAUUACUGGAUGUGACACAGGAUUUGGGUACCUACUGGCGAAACAGCUAGACAAACAUGGAAUGAGGGUUCUGGCUGCAUGUCUGACAGAGACAGGGUCUGAGAAGCUGAAGAAAGAGACCUCCAGCAGACUGCAGACAACAAUUCUUGAUGUCGCUAACACUCAAAGUGUGAACUCUGCUGCUUUGUGGGUUGAGGAGAAUGUCAGAAAUAAAGGGUUAUGGGGACUUGUAAAUAAUGCUGGCAUUGGAAUACCUACAGCUCCCAACAGCUGGCUGAGAAGGGAAGAUUUUGUCAAGGUGCUGAAUGUGAAUUUAUUGGGGAUGAUUGAUGUGACGCUAUGUCUGCUGCCCCUUAUUAGAAGAGCCAGGGGGCGUAUUAUAAACAUGUCGAGUGUGAUGGGCAGACUAGCCUUUGUAGGAGGAGGAUACAGCAUAUCAAGAUUUGGAGUGGAAGCAUUCUCAGACUCUUUGAGGCGUGAACUUCAACCAUUUGGGGUAAAGGUUUGCAUCAUUGAGCCCAGCUCUUUCAAGACCCCAGCUACAGAUAUACAGACCACAAUACAAAGCCUUACUGAUGUCUGGGCCCAGGCUCCACUGUGGGCCAAGAACAGUUAUGGUCAACAGUAUUUCCAGGAUUAUUGCAGAUUCAUUGAGUACAGACUGUCUAAGUGUGAUCCUCAUAUAAAUCAGGUUACAGAUUGCAUAGAACAUGCCUUGACUGCUGUAAACCCAUGGACUCGCUAUUCUGUAGGCUGGAUGACAAAACUCUACUUCGUCCCAGUAUCCUAUCUUCCCACUUUUAUAUCUGACUACCUGCUAGCUCAUCCAUUGAAAACACCAUCCAGGCUGUGCUCUUCACAAGAAAAUAACUGAACUGCUGGUGAUCUGCCAAUAUGGUUCCGGCUAUCCAGAUGGUUCCUGUAAGGACUGCGC